AAGUUUUUUUCUUAACUUAUAAUCAUACAUUACACCAUCAGUUAGAAAACCUUCCACCUUGAGAAUUUCUCAGCCAAGAAAACAAAAAAAAAAGGUAUCAAUUUGCUUAAAACCCAUUUGUUAAGACCCAGAUUCUUGUUGUUAUCAUAUUAUAUUAUGAAGGCAAUUCCGUGGCCAACCAUAGGGGUGGUGAUUUCUUGGUACAGUUCCAACAUUGGUGUUCUCCUUCUGAACAAGUACUUGCUAAGCAACUAUGGUUUCAAGUACCCUGUUUUCCUCACCAUGUGUCACAUGAUGAUGUGUUCUCUUCUCAGCUUCAUUGCCAUUUCAAUAAUGCAAGUUGUCCCUUUGCAGAACAUACAAUCAAGGAGACAGUUUGCCAAGAUUUGUUUCCUUAGCCUUGUUUUCUGCUUCUCUGUCGUCUGUGGAAACAUAUCGCUUAACUACAUUCCAGUGUCCUUUAACCAGGCCAUCGGCGCCACCACGCCGUUCUUCACCGCCGUUUUCGCCUAUUUCAUGACCAGCAAAAGAGAGGCUUGGGUUACAUAUUGUACCCUGUUGCCUGUUGUUGGAGGAGUCAUCAUAGCUACUGGGGGUGAACGAAGUUUCCAUCUGUUUGGGUUUUUGAUUUGUGUUUCAUCAACUGCUGCCAGAGCAUUCAAAUCGGUGCUUCAAUCUAUUUUAUUGUCCUCAGAGGGGGAAAAGUUGAAUUCUAUGAGUCUUCUACUUUACAUGGCACCUAUAGCAAUGUUGGUGUUGUUUCCAGCAACAUUACUGAUGGAGAAAAAUGUGAUUGGGACCACAGUGGAUCUUGCAAGAAAUGAUAUCAGAAUUGUAUGGUAUCUGCUGUUCAGUUCCUCAAUAGACUCAAUUGAAAAACAUGAUGAUUCCUUAAGUCAUAUGUGGUGUAACCAACUAAAUAUAAAUGUGAUUUGCCAAAUCUUUUCACAGGUUCUAGGAAAUGCAAAGGGGGCAGUUGCAGUGGUUGUCUCAAUUCUGAUAUUCAAGAAUCCAAUUUCAGUUAUAGGAAUGAUGGGCUAUGCACUCACAGUCACGGGAGUCAUUCUGUACAGUGAAACCAAGAAGAGGUAUAGCUGAAAUUUUGAAAAAGAAAAAAAAAAUUUAAACACAGUUACCAAUCAAACACGUACAUAAUACACCAUACAAGCGAAAGGACCAUUGCAGAAUAUGAACUUUCAGUAAUUGUGUUGUGUUAAUAGGAAAAGGAAAAUUUCACCUAUUUCUUUUUCUAAUUAUUUAUUUUAGCAUGUAUGUACGUGUCCGCAGAGCAAGACUCGGAGGUCAUUAUACUUCUUACAUUUGUUACCUACACGAUAUUCACAAGAAUGUAGCACCAAAAACAAUGAAUGAAUACCCGAAUUAGAUUCCUACAUACUUUCAUAUUUUGAGA